AUGGGCCACCAGACCUUCCUCGACAGAGCAGCGGCGUCUCGAGCAGCACGGGCCGACAAUGCAACUCCAUCUGUCCCAACCUUCCUCAUCAGAGCAGUGACGUCUGGAGCAGCACAGGCCGCCAGUGUGGCUGCCUGUGUUCCUGCCUACCUCAACAGACCACCAACGUCUGGAGCAGAAUGGGCCGCCAGUGCUGCCGCCUCUGUACCAGCCUUACUCGACACAACAGCGAUAUCUGUAGCAGCACGGACCGCUGGUGUGGCUGCAUCUGUUCCAACCUUCCUCGACAGACCAGCGAGGUCUGGAGCAGCAGGAGCCGCGGGUGUGGCCGCCUCUGUUUCAGCCUUCCUCGACAGAGCACCGACGUUUGGAGCAGCACAGGCCGGUAGUGUGACUACAUCUGAUCCAGCCUUCCUCGUCAGAGCACUGACGUCUAGAGCAACAAUGCCGAUAGUGUGGCCGCCUCUGUUCCAGCCUCCCUCGACAGAGCAGCGAUUACUUGAGCCGCACGAGCCAGUAGUGUGGGCGCCUCUUUUCCAGCCAUUCCCGACACAGCAGCGACCCUUCCUCGAUAAAGCAGCCAUGUCUAAAGCACACCGGGAAGCCGGUGAAUACGCAUCUGUUCCAGCCUUCCUCGACAGAGCAGCGACGUCUCAGGCAGGACAGGCUGUCAGUGUGGCAAUCUCUGUUCCAGCCUUCCCCGACAGAGCAGCGACGUAUGGAGCAGCACGAGCAGACAGUAUGACCGCCUCUGUUUCAGCCUUCCUCGACAGAGCACCGACGUCUGGAGUAGCACGGGAUGCCAAUGUGACAGCCUAUGUCCCAUCUUCACUCGACAGAGCAGUGACGUCUGAAGCAGCACGAGCCGGCCGUGUGGCCCCCUCUGUUCGAGCCUUCCUCGACAGAGCAGCGACGUCACGAGCAGCAUGGGCCACCAGAGUGGCCACCUCUGUUCCUGCCUUCCUCGACAGAGCAGUGACGUAA